CCUUCUCUCCUCUCUUUUCUUCUCUUUCAACAUCAUCUCUCUUAUCAAGUACAAGUACAACCUCCCCUGAAACCCAUAAAAUAAAAUAUCACCCAAAUCAUUACACUAACUUACAAAUAAUUUCAAGUAAUCUGUUCGUUCAUAUAUUUCCGUGAUAUUAUCUAUGGAUAACACCCACUCACCGGCGGCGGCGGCGGGUGGCGAGCCACAGGAGACUAUGUCGCAGCCGCAGCCGCCACCGCAGCCGCAGCUACCGCCUGGCUUCCGUUUUCACCCUACCGACGAAGAGCUCGUCGUUCAUUAUCUCAAGCGAAAAGUCCAAUCUACCCCUCUUCCUGUCUCCAUCAUAGCUGAGAUUGAUCUCUACAAGUUCGACCCCUGGGAACUUCCUGAUAAGGCCGUGUUUGGGGAGCAAGAGUGGUAUUUCUUUAGCCCAAGGGAUCGGAAAUACCCGAACGGAGCACGGCCAAACCGUGCGGCAACAUCGGGUUAUUGGAAAGCCACCGGAACAGACAAGCCUGUCUUAAGCAGUGGUAAUCAAAAAGUGGGUGUUAAAAAGGCUCUUGUGUUUUACGGUGGUAAACCUCCUAGAGGUGUCAAGACCAAUUGGAUCAUGCACGAAUAUCGUUGGGUUGACGCUUCUAAACCCAACAACAACAAACCCCCAGGUUAUGAUCUUUGUCAUAACAAGAAAGGGGGUUCGUUGCGGUUGGAUGAUUGGGUGUUAUGUCGAAUAUACAAGAAGAAUAACACGACCCGGCCAAUGGAUCACGAGCAAGACGAUUCCAUGGAGGAUUUGAUGAUGAUGGGAGGUUUGUCGUCGUCUAUGUCGAUGUCAUGUAAUCCAACCUCAAUAAACAACAUUGGACUUCAUCAACCAAAGGCAAACACAAACUCUUUAAACUACGGGUCGUUUCUCAAUACUUCUCAUGUUGUUGAUCAACAAGGCUUGUUUGAAGGAAUGAUGGGUGGUACUCAUCAUGGAGCUCCUUCCUCGCCGUUGUUGCCUCUCAAGAGGUCUUUGCCGUCCCUAUACUGGGGCGAUAAUGAUCAUGACUCAGGAGGUGGUGGUGGUUGUAGUCCUGGCAAGAGAUUGUGGAUACUCCAGAUGAGCAUCGACAAUAAUAACAACAACAACGACGACAACAACAAUACUAUUGUGGCCAAUAACAAUAGUAGCGAGGAAAGUGGAGCAAGGAGUGAUCAUCAUGACAACAACAACAACAACAACCUCAACAACAUCAAUUCCAUGUCUGGUCUUCUCAACCAACUUCCAUCUCAGACAACACCGCCGUUGCACCAACAACAACCGAUGCUAGGGGGACUUUCCGACGGGGUGUUCAGGCAACAAUAUCCUCUUCCUGGAUUAAACUGGUACUCGUAAUUGCCUCCGAGUUCCGGUUUAAGUGAUGAUUAUUAUUGAUUAAGAUAUAUGAUGAUUAUUCAUAUCUUAAUGAUUCUUAACCAUGAAUUAUAUGCCUUACUACUCGUAUAUACACUUAGCUUAGUCAUAUACUAUAUAGUUUGAUUAGGCAUCAUGUAGGUAUAUAUUGAUUAAUUUCGAGUUUUUCGGUUGUUGAAGAGAGAUUUAUAGGAGAGGCAAGGGGGGGUGUUCAAUUAAUUAAUGGGCCUCAUAUAGGUUUUAGCAAUAAUUGCACAAUUAUCUAGUUGAUAAUGCAGUAUUAACCCCCCUAAACAUCUCUCCUUCACCAAAAACAGGGUAUAUAUAUAUAUA